AUGACACUCAUCUCGGCUCUGAGUCGAAAACGACGGCCAUCCUCCCCUCUGCCUCCCAGUUCGGCACGCUGGGCCAACCAGCCGCUCUCCAAGAUACCAAAGCUCAAUCACCUCUUCGAUGGGACAGGCUCGCGAUCGAUGGAGUCUACUAGCACCGGGCGGUCAAAGCUCAGCGUGAAGAGCCAGCUCAAAAGAGGGGUCUCCAGCAUCAAAACCGUCCUGGGCAUCGGGGAUAGAUGCAGCGAUGGCAGUGUCCAGCACCGUACUGAAUCCUUGUUUCCCUUGACACAAGGCAGCCGAUCUGUAUACUUACUUGCCAAUGACUCAAAUACGACAACGAUCCAUCAACCUCUCAGGAUCCGACUGACCGCAAUUGCUGAUGACUCGGAAGAUGAUCGGGACACAUCAGCGUCACCGACUGUUAAGAGCGCCCCGAUUACCCCGGGGACACAUGGAAACCCUGAAAAUGGCGAUGCAUAUGAUUCCCUAGGCGCUACUGAUAAUGGCAAGGAGAUAUUACGAAGUCAAUCCGCCCCUGGGCUUCAGCGCCGCAUAAGCCAGAAGUUUCAACAAGCAUUUGGCAAUGGGAACUCAACCGUUGUCAAGAGGGCAGAUCUGCGCUCGAGGCCCAGCAUUCAGACGUUGCUAUGGGAAUCAGCCGUAGCGAAUUCUACACCAUUCUCCUCUACUCCUUCUACACUUAACAGCGGCACCUUUUCACCAAUCGAUCGGAACGCAUCGACUCUGCCGAGCUCCGACCCUGUUACUCCGCUGUCAAUUGUCCACCGUGAAAGCAUGGAUUUAACAGACAUCGACCGCCAGACGUUUAUGGGAGAGGGCCGAUUGCUAAGUCCUAUCCCGGAAGGCAUCAGCCCUCCUUGCCUUACCAUCAAGACAGUUGAAGCCGCAGCCACAACAAAAAUGUAUUUUGAGCUUCACUUCAACUCAUUGUUCCAUGGCACCUCUCCAAGAAUCAUCCGCCGUAGAGAGUUGGAAAAGCGACUGCGUGAACUCCAUUUGCCUGCCGAUAUUCGGGAUCGAGUUCGGGCAGCGUGGGAGAUGGCUAAGAGCGAGAAUCUCCGGCAGCGUCGAGCUCUGAAAAAUACAACCAACCAAGCCAAAGCAAGCCAAGGAGUCAGUGUUGGGGGCUUUGAAGUAAUCAGCAUCCUCGGAAAAGGGAGCUUUGGGGUCGUCCGACUGGUCAAGGCGAAAGGCAGCCAGAAUACGUUGCAUAUACCUGAAGCCAAGGGUCUCGACAAAAUGCUGCUCAACGCACCUUCUCGGGCCAGCAUGAAGACUUCUAGCAAGGUGCUGUCUGGAGGCCUUCUGAACAAACGGGGGGAUCCCACCAAGGCAAGGAAGGAAGUCUUCGCAAUGAAGGUGAUUCGCAAGUCAGAUAUGAUCCGAAAUGGACAAGAAGGACAUCUGCGAGCCGAGCGUGAUUUCCUUGUUGCGGCAGAGGGCUCGAAAUGGGUCAUUCCGCUGAUUGCUGCCUUCCAGGACCGGAAACACCUGUACCUUGUCAUGGAGUACUGCAUCGGGGGCGAUUUUCUCGGUCUGCUCAUCCGGAAGAACGUUCUGAGCGAAGAGUUCACAAAAUUCUACAUUGCAGAAAUGAUUCUCUGCGUCGAAGAAGCACAUCGCAUGAAGUGGAUUCACCGAGAUGUGAAACCAGACAAUUUUCUCAUCGCGUUCGAUGGCCAUCUCAAGAUAUCCGAUUUUGGCCUGGCUUUUGAUGGAGACUGGUCUCACGACCAACGAUUUUAUCAAAAAAAUCGCCACUCACUAUUGGAUGAACUGGGGAUCAGCGUCGACGGCGACGAGCAGGACCAACAAGAGAAAGAAGCUCAGUCACACCAUGCAACAAGGAAACAUGGAAAGGAUGAUUCGAUGUACAAGGAAGAGCCCGCCCUGGGAGAGCCAAUCUUGGAUUGGCGCAACCGGUCACAACGUCGCCGUUUAGCUCGUUCAGUCGUUGGCACUUCGCAGUAUAUGGCUCCCGAAGUCAUUCGUGGCGAGAUGUACGACGGACGAUGCGACUAG